AGCCACUCGCUUUUAAUUAAACCCCAAAUUACAUUUCAACUCUUUGAAAAUUUCCCCUUUUCUCCGUCUCCCUUUCUAAGCCGUCCUGCGCUCCUCCUCCCUGCCCUAUCGCCGCUGCCGCUGACGCCGUCGAUAGGGUUCCUCUUUCUUCACUACUCACUUCCUGAGGCCCUCACUCUCCACCCACCCCACUGAUCUAGCCCUUCUUCUUCAAUUCCCCCGCACUUCUUCCGAUUAAUCACUGAUUUCCCCGUUCACAAUGUUGUUUUCUGCUUGCUAGAGCUCUCGCUCACACCUUAUCUCAUCCCAAACCCCGAGAUUUUCAUCUACUUCUUCGUCAGUCUAUUACAAUUUGCCGUCAUGGCUAUCCGAUUCACCGUGGCCUACUCGGCCACCGUCGCCUCAAACCUCGCGGCCUCCUCCGCCGCCCCCGGGAAAUGCGCCGUCUCCCGAUUCUUUCACGACUGCGCUGCCCGAUCCCGGGUCUUCCAGCACACGCCAUCGCAGAAGCCCGACUGCAAUUACCCCGACAUCCGCCGCCCCCCUGAUCGCACCAGCCGAACGACGCCGUUACACUCUAUGCUUGCCCGGGAAAUUCUCGAAGAAAGUGUUCGAUCGCCUGUGGUUGGUGGGUUGAUUUCUCUGAUGAAGCAAUCGGUGGGGGCACCUUCUGACGUGGGCGUUUUGGGCGUUUCUAUGCUUAAGACGUCGGCGAUCCUCCCGUUCUUGCCGGGAUCUAAGUGGUUGCCGUGUAACGAACCCGCCACAUCCGAGGUGGAUAGAGGAGGGACGGCUGUUGCUAGCAGUAAUCGCAACAUCAUCAGUAAAGUAUCGUCCAAGAGUGGUACUGCUAAAGCGAUCGGCGUUGAAAGCAAGUGCUCGAAAGCACUGGCGAUGGCGAAGAGCGGUGGUUCAAGCAGCGUGAAGAUUGUGCACCAGAGCAGCAGAAGUAGCAAUAGCAGCCGUUGGAUGUUGAAAUUGAUGAACUUUUGCUUCAGCUCCGAGGAUGCAAGGGCGGCUUUCACUGCUUUUAGUGUUAGCAUUCUGUUCAAAUCGACUUUGGCGGAGCCCAGGUCGAUCCCUUCGAUGUCUAUGUACCCGACACUUGAUGUGGGCGAUAGGAUUCUGGCUGAAAAGGUUUCUUAUAUUUUUAAGAAGCCUGAUGUCUCAGAAAUUGUGAUUUUUAAGGCUCCAGCGUUUCUUCAGGAAUAUGGUUUUAGUACGUCUGAUGUGUUUAUUAAAAGAAUUGUAGCAAAAGCUGGGGACUAUGUGGAAGUUCGUGAUGGAAAAUUGAUGGUCAAUAGUAUAGCCCAGAAUGAGGAUUACGUUUUGGAGCCAAUUGAUUAUGAGUUGGAGCCAGUGUUUGUUCCGGAGGGCUAUGUAUUUGUCUUGGGAGACAACCGUAACAACAGUUUUGACUCACAUAACUGGGGUCCACUGCCUAUUGAGAACAUUGUCGGUAGAUCAGUCUUCCGAUAUUGGCCUCCUUCAAAAGUGUCGGACACUCUGUAUACCACAUACCAGCAGAGUGCCCUUUCAUUCUCAUGACACUUCGCCUCCUGGGUUCUUGAUUAAUGGUUUGAUCAAUCCGAUCUUUUCCACCGCUGCAGCCCUUCUCGGCUUGUUCGGCCACCAACAGGAAUGCUGAUUUCCAUGCAUAAUCUUAUGACGGAUAAUGGAAUUCUCUGCCACGCCACCACUGUCUCCAGCAGCCCCAUCUGGCUGGUUAUGUAAUUUAUUCAAGUUUCAUGUGGUCAAGGAUUUGAAUUUAAUGGAUCAGGCUCUGUAUAUGUUGAGGCA